UAAACCUUUCAUUUUAUAACGGCAUCGUCUCUGCAGCACACCAGCAGCCAGCAAAGGAUAAACCUAUUAAAUUCACACGGGGAUGACAGAUGCAAAUGCAGAAACGGAACACUGAGGUUUACGGAGGUGGGGAACUAAGGAAACAGCGACAGUUGCCGAUGGGACGUGGCACUAGGGGAUUCUCGGGACACCCGAGGGCUUCCAAAGCUCCCGCCGGCGGCAGCGCCCCCUCGGCGCUUCCCGCGCUUUCCCGCCUCCCUCGGGAUUUCGCGCGCUUUCCCCGCCCCUCCGCGCUCCCCGCACUGCGCACGCGCGGCCGCACGAGGCUCCGCCGCUGCCCUCAGGCCCCGGCCCCGCCAUGUCGGAGCGGCUGGCCAAGCCCUCCUGCCUCAUCGUCGCCAGCGCCGCCACCGCGGGUGUUUCAGCCCAAUCCUUCCUUCACUGCUUUACUCUGGCCAGCUCUGCCUUCAACCUGCAAGUGGCAACACCUGGGGGGAAGCCCAUUGACUUUGUGGAUGUGAACGAGGGCAACACGCGCUGGAUCCAGGACUUCCGCAUGAAAUCCUACGCCAGCCCCGCCAAGCUGGAGUCCAUUGAUGGGGCUCGGUACCACGCCCUGCUGAUCCCAAAUUGCCCCGGGGCUGUGACUGACCUGGCCAACAGUGGGUACCUGGCCAAGAUCCUGCAGCACUUCAGCACUGAGAGCAAGCCUAUCUGUGCUGUGGGACAGGGAGUGGCAGCUUUGUGUUGUGCCACCAAUGAGGAUAAAUCCUGGGUUUUCCAGGGGUACAGCCUGACAGGGCCCUCUGUGUACGAGCUGGUGAGGCAGCCAAAUUUUGCCAGUUUGUCCAUUAUUGUGGAGGAUUUCGUGAAGGAUUCUGGAGCUACAUUCAGUGCCAGCAGCCCGGAUGCUGUCCAUGUGGUGCUGGAUAGGCACCUGGUGACAGGACAGAAUGAGAAUUCCACCCUUCCUGCUGUCCAGAACCUUCUGAUUCUUUGCAAUGUCAGCAGGAAAUGAAGGGGAAGGUCUGUUUGCAAAGAGGAUGGAUGAGGAGCCAGCAGGCCGAGGAUUUCCAUGGCUGUGACCUGGAUAAAGCACCCCUCUGAACCCCUGUCCUGGACUCUGAAGUGACUGUGGCAGUGAAGUGGCAGUGUCAGGUUCUGUGUGGAUGGAAUGAAUGAAGGUUGUCAGAAGCAGCUGGGACACCCCCUUAUAUUUUUGCUUCUCCAUUUUUUCACUGCAUCUCUAGACCCUCAGUUUACAGAUGUGGGGAACUGUCUUCUCAAAACCCCCCAAAAGUUGGUGCUGUGAAUACAAAUUGCUGAAGCUGAAGCCCUUGCUCUGGGUUGGCAUUGUGCUGGUGCACAGCAUGCCCUUGUUUUCUUCCUGUUCACAUCGCUGGAAUUGUGUUCAGAAAGUUUGCUCAGCCUUUUUUUUAACGUGGUCCUACAAUUGUUUAUUUGUUCUCUUUUGUGCUGCUUAUAUUGUGGGUUUUGUUCUCUUGGAAAUACUCCUCUCUGGGAGUACACUGCUGCUGUCUCUUGCUGGAAUUUUGUGGACUAGGGCACUGAAAAAUGCAGGUGGCUAAUGUGGGUCCCACCUGAGGACCCAGCUGGAGGGUGGAGUCUGGACUCCUCCUUCCUUCUGAGCUGCAGGUGUGGCAUGAAGCUGAGCAUGGAAAGGAAUAACCAGACUGAUAUUUUUUAAAAUUGUUGCAGGCUCAAACUUAUAAAAUUAUUGGAAAGUAGAGAAAUUAACUUUCAGAUAAUUGAUUUUCCUUCCCUCUUGGAAUUGUGGGCAGCAUUUAUCCAGUGCCCAGAAGAAAUGGGGCUGCAUUUUUGUUUUCUUACCAGGAUAUUACAAUAUUUUGGUUCUAACAAAUCAUCAAGUAGGGAAAUUUUCUCUUUUCUGUGUAAAUCAAUUUUUUUUUAGCUCUGUCUCAAGAAUUCAGUGUGAUUUGAAAAGACAGACUGCUGUGGGUUUUGCUGGGUCUUCUGCUGUUGCAUUCUGGAGCCCAGCUUACAGAACUUUGGCAUUGAUGGAAGUGAAAACUAGAAUUUGAAGUUAAAAUUGUGCUUUGAUAGAUAUUAAAUUAUCAAUUAGCUUUGAUAAUUUAAAUCUUCAUUCCUGACAAGCCAUCAUGGGGAUUUGAUGUUGGCAGCCUCAGGAAAUACUUUCAGCCUGGAAAGCCACAUCUUCUUUGUGAAGUGGGAGACUGUAUUUCCUUAGGGUCUUUGUUUCCAUGGGAUUUUGCCAAAAUUGCUACAUCUUUUCUCUGCUUACCUGUAAAAAUAGAACAUUGGUGUCUA